GCACCCGCCCCUCGAGCGCUCCGCUGCAGUCCUCAGCGCCGCGCGGCUGCGCGCCGACUGCCGCGAGCGGCCGGGCUGUCUGGCGGCGUUACUCCGCAUGCGCCCCAAGGAGCGCGGUGUCCUCUGGUCUGUAUUUUGCCUCUUGUCGGUCGCGGCCGCUGGUGGGGAGAUGGUAGUGGAGAAAGGGGGCGCAAGCCCCUCCAAGUCCGUAGGUGACAGGUGCCCCCAGCAGCAGGAGCCAGCGGGGCAAGAGAAGAAAAACAAGCAGCUGGUUGCCGAGGGAUUCACUAUUAAAGCCAUGAUGAAAAACGCUGUGGUUAGAGGGCCCCCACUUGCAGGAGCAUUUAAAGAAAGACCAACAAAACCCACAGCAUUUCGCAAGUUUUAUGAGCGAGGAGAUUUCCCAUUUGCCCUUGAGCACAAUGCUAGAGGACACAGAAUCGCCUGGAAGGUAGAGCUUGAAAAGCUGGACUAUCAUUACUGGCUGCCCUUGUUUUUUGAUGGGCUUUGUGAAACAUCAUUUCCGUGUGAGUUUUUUGCUCGUCAAGGAAUCCAUGACAUGCUGGAACAUGGUGGAAACAAGAUUCUUCCUGUCAUUCCUCAGCUCAUUAUCCCAAUAAAAAAUGCACUGAGCCUUCGUAACCGGCAGAUCCUCUGCAUCACGCUGAAAGUCCUCCAGCACCUGGUGGUGUCAGCUGACAUGGUCGGGGAGGCCUUGGUGCCCUAUUAUCGGCAACUCCUCCCAGUCCUAAACAUCUUUAAGAGUAUGAAUGGGAGACUACGGUGUCACAGACCCCUGCAAGGAAGAGUCACAUGUCCAGCAAACUUAAACGAUCAGAAGUGACUGGCAUGCACAUACUUUAUUGUGAAAAGGAAAACUGAGGACCUACCAUCUGGAAUAUUGCACAUGUAGGGUUGGAACCAUAAAACAGAGUAUUUUGGGUUUGGUUUUGCUUUUUAAUGAAGGCAAAUUUACCUUUUAAAUAUAUCCUGUGAUGAAAUGUAAUAUAGUUCUCUUGCUCAGAAUUUAUUCAACAAAAAUCAUGCCAUUUUACAUGUUAAUUUUGGGGGUUUCUUUAUUUACUAACCCUAUAAUACUCACUAGAGAGUUUUGAAUUGGGAGUGAACUGACCAAGUUCUAACUUUUGUAGAUUUUUAUUUCUUAGGCCUGAAUGUAUGCUGCUUGAUCAUUUACAAAAUCACUGUAUGUGAUCUCUUACCAUAUUAGUUUACGUUAUUUAUAAUUUAUGGUUAAAGUUCCUUUCUGUUUUGCUGUUAUCCAUUAUAGCUGUGUCUGUUCUUGUAUCUUGUCUCAAAUAUUAUUACAAUUUUUGUCUUAUUUUUUUCAUUACAAAUAUAUAUUUUAAAUCCAUCAGUUUACAUAAACAUUUCAUACAUUGCACAAAUACUGAACAUAAUUUAUAUGAACAAUCAGUAACCUCUUAAUUUUAAACACUCCAAAAUGGUAUGUUUCUUUGUGAACAUUUUCAAGUGACACUUUUAACACUAACAAGAUUAAGGAGAACUAAAAAUGUUAACAUCUACAUUGCUGACAUCAUGAUGGCUGUGUAAUGUUAGUAUGUGCUGAUGUGCAAAUCUAGUGGGAUAGAAAUACCCUAAACUAAGCACUGGUUUUGUGCCACUGCAGGUCACUUAUUGUAUGAACCUAGAUCUGGUAAAUCUAUAUUGCAAUACAGACAGCAAAACAUAUCAAUACUGCAUAAUAUCACAUAUUAUUUUAUUUUAAGUGAAGUAUUCAAAACAAAGUUUGCCUAGAACAUAGUUGCUCUGAAAUAUAUACUGUAUAUAACAUCUAUCCCAUCAUCUCUAGAGGGAUUUGGGUUUUUGCAAGAAUGAUUUUGAGUUUUCCUAGAGAAUAUAUUUUGUAAAAUUAUUAGUGAAAAUCUGUCGCUCUAAGAUCUUAGUAUUAGAAUCAUGUUUUAACAACCUGGGGAUGAGAAAAUACUUAAAAGUCCAAUGAAUUCAAAUGAGUGAGUUAGAACAAAGAUUAUUUUAUUCUGCCUUCACUUAAUAGAGAACUGAUACAGCUUUACAAAGACAGAUUUAGGCUGCUAUCACUACCAUUGUCUCAUGUGCUUAUGAAAGCAAUAAUAGAGACAUUGUUGUUCCCAAAGAAGGAUACAUUAAAUGCCUGUAUCUAGGACAGGAUUUUUUUAGGCAGCAAUACAAUGUUUAUUGAUAUACACAAUUUUAUAAAUAACAGUGAACUUAAAUAACAAUUCAGAGUAUGAAACUGUAUUUCUUGGGAUUCUGUUUUUUAGAUUUGAAGUACUGAUAGUUGAGAGAGACUUGCUAGACCUCUUCUUCCUAUUUUAAUUUGUUUUAAUGAUUAGGAGGAGAAUCUGAGAUGCCUUUAUGCUUUGCAAGUAUUAACACUGCCUAGCCGGCAUGCUACUUCAGUUCUGUCCCUGAGGGACUGGUAUUUGACACAUCACACCCUUGCUUUGUCCCUUCCCUACAAAUGAAACAAUUCUGCAACCUCUUUCUACCAAAGCCAGAUAUGGUGGGGUAUGGUUGGAUAGAGUGGAAAUGUAGGUUAAAAUUGACACAGACGGUUCCUUGGUUAUUUCUGCCACCUUCACACUGGUGGGGAUUCCUGGCACUCAUAGGGGUUCUCCAGGGGUAGCAGCCAGGUCAUUUUGCUGUUGAUUUGCAAAUCCCACAGUGCAACAGACUGGUAAAAGAAAUCAAGACUCCCUGUCAAUCUUAGUUGUUAAACAAACAAUGGUCCUCAAAUAUCAUCCUGUCUUUUAACUAUCUGCAUUCUAUUUGGCAAUUUAAAAUGUUUGUUAAAUGGCUGGAAUAUAUGCAGAUUCUUCAUUGAUUUGUUCUGUUUAUGUGUUUGCAUUAAUUAGAUAAAGAAAUUCAGACUUAGCAAAUACGAUAAAAAAGUUACAUUUCAAAAUGUUUGAGGAUUUUUUUUACUAGUAAAGCCAACUCUAUUUCAGUUGAGAAUCUGGAUACUGCAAUAAAAAUUUACAUCAAACCUUUUGUAAUAGUUAAUUUUGAAAAACAGUGGUCAGUUAACUUGCUGUGCUCUAUGUUUAUUUCUAUAUUUUUGUUAUUUUUCUUUUGAUCUAACAAAAGGACUUCUCUUUACUGCAGACAGACAUACAUUUGUUUUGCUUGCAUGAGUUCCAUCAGAGAUAUAUAAUACAUUAUUCAAGGGCAGGAUUCUGCACACAUUUACUCUCCCACAGUUAACAUUUAGCAAGUUUUGUACAGUUCAAUUGUUCACCAACAUUAUGAGAAAAAGGUCUCUUUUGCUGCAUUAUUUUGUGUAAUUAGAAUGGCAUGUGAUAUGUUGUUUAUGUAAAGGAGCCAUUUAGAGGCCAUGGGUCCAGUUCUCCCACUGUCAUUGACACUGAAGCAAUACUUUUUAUAGUUAUUGAUCCCAAAGAAACAAAUUGCCUGUGGGAUUCAGAGGAUUUCAUGAAGUGAAGGCCUCCUCAAAAUCUUAACAAGAGCAGAAUCUGGUACAAAUCAAAGCAGAUGUGUUUAAAUGCAGAAGCCCGUAUUAUCAGAUGCAGUGACAGUUACUUUACCAUAAAUUAAUUUAUCUGAACACUAAUUAUAUUAGAUAUGCAUAUAUUAAUUAUACAUUAUGUUUAUAAUUCUAUUAUGCUGUAUAUAUAUUAAUUAUAUAUUAUGUUUCCUUUUACAUAACAUUAUCUUAAUGGUGGAAAGUGGUUGUGAGUAUACAACAUUAAUUCCUAUCAAUUAGACUUCUGUGUAAUGUCUGUCCCUGACCAGGCCAGGAACAGACUGUACCUUUUCAACUGUACUUUGCUGGGCAGCAAAUCUAUUUAGCUGCUGCUAUAUCAUCAUUAUAUCAGUAAACUAUGAUUGUUUCUUUUUCACAGUAGGACUGCAUGUGUUUUGAAUACGUACAAAAGUAGUUUUGUGAAUUCUUGCAAAAUGGCAGGCAAGUUCUUCGAUGGUUUCGGCUCUCUUUCUAGGUAACUUUCUGGCCUCAGGAAAUUUUAUAUAAUUUACCACUGGAUCACUUAAUUGCCCUUCUUUCAAGAUGAGAGUUCCCUUGGAAGUAAUCUCUUCCACAAAUUUGUUUUCACUGUGGGUUGUGGAAGUUUCAAAUACUACCAGAGACUGGGAAUUCUCUUAAAAUCUGACAGAUAUUGGGGAUUGAGAUGCAAUCUUUAGCAGUUGAGUGACUAUAUAUGUGAUGAAAUACCAUUAUAAAAAUCAAGAGUUCCUUGCAGAACAUGUAUGAAGUGUACAAAUUCCAAAUAUUAAAUACUAUAAAUUACAGGAAAAAGUACAGUGAUCCUUAUUGAUCCAUAGCACAACAGUUAUUGUUAAGCAUAAUUUAGCCUUCAGAGAGGUCGUAAUUUAAUUUUAAUACCUUAAUCAGUAUGGAAUUUAUUUUAAUUUUUAAAAAUGUCAUAAAUGGCAGCAUUAUUGAAGGGAAAAUAUUUGUUAAGGGACUGUUUUAUUAGACAAAAAUGACCUUUAAGUUGCUGUGCAGAAAAUAAAAAACUAUUUUCAGUAGUAGAGUCUUCCAUUUCAAAAGUAACAGUCUCAUUUCAUGUCCAUCUCUUUUCAGAUUUUUUUAAACUUUUUUCUAAUACAUUACUCUGGUCUCAAGAAAAGAACAGAGAUUGAUUGCAAUGGAGAAUUACGUUUCAUUUUAUCUUUGCUUAGAUAUAAUGUACUUCUCACCUAUUUCUAGAAGCAUAACUAGAAACAUAUUUUUUAUGCCAAAAUUGUGUGCGUGACAUGGAAGUGUGUAAAUUUAGUUUAACUUAGAUGUUUUCUAUUCUUCCACUUAGUUUUCAUCAGUAUUUUUUCUCUUUCACUCCUGAGGACUUGCAGCUAAAUACUCAAGUUGUUAAUUGCAGACUUUUUCUCCUUCCUUCUAUGAGGAAAACAUUAUAAAAUCCAGAUUUUCUUCUUCAGAUAUGAGAACACAUAAAAUACCUGAGACAUUUUAUAAAUCUUUGUUAAAACUCAAAAAAUCAUUACUCUUUAUGUUGUUUCUAUAAGCAAUGUAGUUUUCUAAACAUUAUGGAAUUUCACUUACUGAAAAAUUUUAGUUGAAAGGCCUCUGGUUCAGUUUAAAUAGCAGCAUUGUUCCAGAGUAGAAUAAUACAUUAAGUUUAGGGGAUUUUUUUCUUUUUACUUCACAACUGUUUGAGUCACUGUUUAAGCUCUAGUGCUGCUUGCAAUGUCAUCCAGGAGGCAAUAUGACAAACAAUUCCCUACUGUUCUGUAAUAAACUCAGUUUCUUAUUUAUACAUCCUUAGUACUGUUUGAUUUUGCUUUAUAUGUUUGCCAUUUUAUUAGGAAAUGUUUAUGUAGCAAUCAAAAAAAAUGUAGUAAAUUGCUAUUUAUGUUGGGCAAAAACGUAUGUUUAAGAAUAUUUCUAAUUUGUAUAUUUUUAUAUAUUUAUUUCUUUAUUUACAGAAACAUCUAAACACAUGUAAACCAAUCCUAAAAAUAUUAUCUACAUGUCUGUAUUCUUUAGCUAUUGUUAAUUUAUCUUUUCCAAUGCUUUUAAUUGUGAUGUGUGAAAUUUAAAAAUAUGCUGCAGCAACACUGAAAGAUGAAUUAUAAUGGUACUUUGGCCUUAAGUAAAGAAAUAUUUUUGUGUGUUUUUUCUAACAUUUAUUUGAGAUUUUAAAUGUUUAGUCAAAUGACAAACUGUUUCCACCACUUUACAUACCUGUACUUUCUUCUGUACAUGAUUAACAGCACAGUGUUUAAGCACUGCCCUACUAGUUGUGUGUGUCUGACAGUAGGAAAAGAUCCAAAACUGGUUUUGUGGACAUCAUUUGUAUGUAUGUAUACGUGUGUGUAUAUCCACGUACACACACAUAUAUUAAUGCACAUGUAAACAUGCUAUCCUGCUCUUCUGGAAGAAAUUUCUUACUUUUAGCUUGUAAAAGUAUUGUAAAACUUGCUUAUUUGGAGUCUGUGCCAUAUCUAUUUUGAAAAGAACAUGUUGAUGCCACUUGAGGAGUAGAAAAGGUGGUACUACAGUGUUGCUUCUGGGCUAGGGAGAGUUUUCCACAUGCUGGAGCUGAUGGGGUCAAAAACACUGGGACAAAAACAUCUGUAAUUUCUUGUGUUCAUAUAGCCAUCUCCUGCUGUAAGCAGAUCGCAAAAAUGAGAAUAAAUUUAUAUAUGAU